AUGGUCUGUCAACAAGACCUGGUUCGAUUACGAAAGCAUACUAUACAUAGGCGAAAUGUCCGACACAGAAUCACUCAACGGGGUGCAUUGUUUGAAGAACCAAACGAUUUCCGCCCUGAACCACCGAAAUCACAUUUCGCAACAUACGAAAGAACAAACAUUAACAAAGAUGUUUCUAAAUCUGACAAGAUAACCAUUAAAUUACGUCUAGUAGGUAACUCUCCUUUAUGGGGCCAUUUGUUAUGGAAUGCCGGUAUUUACACUGCUAAACAUUUAGAUUUGUACCCAAAUUUAGUUAAAAAUAAAAACGUUUUAGAGUUAGGUGCCGCUGGUGCAUUACCAUCUAUAGUUAGUGCCUUAAUUGGUGCUAAGAUGGUCGUCUCCACAGAUUAUCCUGAUCCAGAAUUGAUAAGUAACAUUCAAUUCAAUGCCGAUGAACAGAUUCCAAGAGAUUUCCAAAAUAUUGCCGUCGAAGGUUAUAUUUGGGGGAAUAAAUAUGAUGAUAUCGUCAAACAUAUUACUGAUAAACCUAGUGCGAAUGGCGAAACGUUGAAGUUCGAUCUUAUAAUAUUAAGUGAUCUAGUCUUUAAUCAUAGUGAACAUCAUAAAUUGUUAAGCACGACAAAGGAUCUGUUGGCUAAAGAUGGUAAAGCUUUAGUAGUAUUUUCACCUCACAGACCUUGGUUAUUAGAUGAUGAUUUACAAUUCUUCGAAACCGCUAAAGAGCAUGGAUUAACACCGGAAUUUAUUGAAAUGGUCAAUUGGAAACCAAUGUUUGAGGAAGAUGCAGGCCCCGCUGAGGUGAGAGCACGUGUCUACGCUUAUUAUCUAAAACAUUCGUAA